CAAACUGAAUACUUUGGUACACAUUUCCUCACUAAGGGUUUCAGCACAGCUGUAAUGCAGUUGGGAUUCAGAGAGCUCGGCCCCUCUGGUCAUUUCUUUAGGUCCAUUCUGUUUUGAGCUGCUUAGCUGAAAGUGGAUGUGACAGAAGAGGGAAGCAGAGGCACUCUUUGACGAUGGGCCAGGGGAUGAGUCAGAUCAUGCCUGGACUUUACCUCGGAAGCUGCCUAGAUGCAAAGGACUGGGAGCAGCUCAAAAACAACAAAAUCAGCCAUAUCUUGUCACUUCACCAAACUGCUCAACCUGUGCUUCAGGACGUGAUAUACUUGUGCAUUCCAUUAAGAGAUAUGCCAAAUGAGAAUGUGAUGAAGCACUUCCAGGAAUGCAUCACUUUUAUUCACUACUGCCGGCUGAAUGGCGGGAGCUGCCUGGUACACUGCUUACAAGGCAACUCCCGCAGUGCCACGGUCAUCGCUAGCUAUCUGAUGGUGGUGCAUGGCGUGAAGUGGCAGGAGGCACUCUGUCACAUCAGCACCAUUCGAGCCACCAUCAAGCCCAAUGUUGGCUUUCUGAAGCAGCUGGAGGAUUUCGGGAAGGGUCCUGACAAAGAGGUGACUUCAAUAGUUGACAAAAGCAAAACUUAUGACGUGCUUAGUUUUUCAAAAAGCCUUUGAUAGAGUCCCACAUUGAAGAUUAAUUCUAAAACUAGGAGCGGUUGGCAUCAGAUAAACCUAUAAAACUGGAUCUCAUGUUGGUUAACCAGCAGAAGACAAAGAGUACAGAUAAGAGGAGAAUGCUCCAUGUGGAUUGAUGUCAUCAGUGUAGUCCCUCAGGGGUAUGGUUGCCAGACACCUGAGUUGCCAAAGGAGAACACAGAAGGCCAUAAAAGGUGACAAAGGAGGAUGCAUUGAAAGUUUUGCUAUUUAGCAGCAGUUAAAGAACUGAGAGGUUGGUAAGUAUGAAUGAUGUUGAACAGAUUCCCCCUUGGAAAUCGAGAGGAAUCAAGACCCAUUAAUGGAACGGGGCCUGUAUGACGUGCAAAAGCCAGAGAUCUUCCAGGUUUUUAGCUUUGCAUCCAGGACAGAGAACUUCACUCAGGAGUCUGCUCUGGGGCUGUUACCUUUUCUGAUUUAUGUUAAUGGCAUUGAUUCCAGUAUAGUUGGUAAAUUUGUGAAAUUUGCAGAUAUCAUUACAAUUGAAAGAUUGGCAGACACUGAGGAGGAAGGAAAAAUAAUUCAAGAAGAUUUGGACAAGCUUCAGAACUGGGUGAACACUUGGCAAAACCAUCUUAGCAUAGAAAAGUUCAAUGUUGCAAGUCAAAUGAAAUGUUAGUUUAUAUUGUAAAGACUGUUAAAUACAAAUCAAAGGAUGUUACCACCGACUAUAAAAUGCACUAGUGAGGCCCCAUCUGAAAUAUUGUGUGCAAUUCUGGUCUCCACACUACAAAAAAGGCAUGGCAACACUUGUACUGAGGAGAACAACUAAGUGCAUCCCAGAACUUUAAGGACAUAUCCUACUCUGACAGACUCGGAGAAUUAAACCUGUUUAGUCUCAAGCAGAGGGGACUGCAUUGAUAAAGUAAGCCCAGCAGAAUUCUUUCAGCUUAAUAACAGCGAAUCACAUACUGAAGGAUAGCUGUGAAAAUUAUGAGGAAGUGCAUGUAAGACUGAAGUCAGGAAGCAAUUCUUUAUGCAAAGAGUUGUGGGAAAGUGGCAUAAACGACAUGAAGUUGAAGCUAAACCCUUAGCAAUGUUUAAGAAGUGUCUGGAUGAGACAUUGAGGCAACAUAGCUAUUAAUUAAACAAACGAGCCUGAUGAACUGAAUAAUCUCCUAUAGUAUGCCGAGUUUCCUAUGUUUUCAUGCACAAUGGAGAUAAGAAACUUUCUGAAAGAAUGGAUGUCUAUGCGAGAGCAGCUCUGGACCACCACAAACAGUAAAAAAAACACAUCCAUGAAAAAAACUCAGUACACUCAUGUUACAUAAUCCGCAAUUUAAGUGAUCUAGUCGUAUGUGCACAACAGGCAAAACAAAGGUAUUUUUUUUCCCUAAAAUAAAGUUGGUCCAAAUGGUCUGAACACACACCAGAAUGACUUAAAGGAAGA